UCGCGCUUACCACAGAAAGACUAAAGUGGAUGGUUGUUAGAAGGCUGCUGUUUUCUUCGUUGCAUUAAGUUUGGUUCAUCGAGCGCCUUCCUAACCCGGAUGGCGAACGAGCGGCUCCGAAUCCUGGAGGAUGUGGAGAAGGAUAUCGCGGUGGUCCUACAGUGUGCUGGAAACAUUGUUCUGGAACUCUCCAAAGACAAACACAACGCCAGCUUCCUGGACAGGCAACUGGUCCAGUUCCAGACGUCAAUCAGUCGAGUGGAGAAUGAACUGGGUGCCCAGAUCCGCUACCUCACACAGGUUGCUACUGGUCAGCCACACGAGGGCUCCACUUACUCAACCAGGAAGGACUGUCAGAUGUCACUGAACAGAGCUGAGUAUGCGAAGGUCAAGCUGGGAGAACUGGGUCGGACAUGUGAAGCCAUGCUGGAGCAGCAGCAGCAGAUAUGACAGAACAGAGGCCACGUGUCUGCCAGCUGUUACCGUGGUCACCGGGUUCACAGCAGCAGCUCCCUGUGUUGGGUGGGACUGUGUGUCAAUGGUGUUCCACAGACGGGGCUUAAAACUGUUGGAGUGAUACAAACCAAGACGCUGGACUAAAGGCAGGUUUUUGAUUCAUUAAAUAGUGGUAUUUUUUUUAAACGUAAAACUUUCAUUUUGUAAUUGUAAUUUUAUGUUAUGCAACAUUCAAUAAACUUGUAAAUUUCACUACAUCUCCUACA